AUGUCUCAUAGUUUAAUCGAUAUCUUUCCAGUUGAGCUUAUUUAUCAAUUAUUGAAUUACUUUUCUGCUCAUGAAAUUUUUCAUACAUUUACUAAUAUUAGUUCUUAUAUUGAUAAUGUAUUACUCGAGUAUUCAAAUUAUCGUUUAAAUUUUAAAUCGAUUACAAAAAAGGAAUUUGAUCUUGUCUGUCAACGGAUUACACCGAGUCAUGUGAUUUCAUUAACAUUAUGCGAUAAUGAAAAUACACCAGGUCAAGUUGAACUUUUUCUAUCUCGUUUUCAAUUAAAUCAAUUUACUCGUCUUUGUUCAUUGACAUUGAUUGAUAUUGGACCAAAUUACUGGGAAUCUAUCGUUACAAAAUUAAAUGAUCUUAAAAACUUACGUUCAUUUUUCUGUUAUUCGAUGAGUAAAACAGAUACAUGGAUUUCCAAGAUAUCCUACAAUAGUAUUACUCAACUUGAUUUACAUUUAUUUAAUUACUAUAGUUCAAUAUUUCCUCAACUGAAAUGGCUGAGAUUCACUCAUGGAUAUUUUUUAAACUCAAUUCAAUUUCCCUGUCUUCUACAUUUAAUAUUAAGAUCAUGUACAAUUGAUACAAUGAUAAAUAUUUGUCAUGCUGCAUCAAAUCUUAAAUCAUUAACAACUGUACUUAUAUUGAAUGAAUCGAAUUCAGAUUUUAUUUUACCAUUUAAUCAAAUGAAUCGACUCACAUUGCACAUUGAAGGUGCAAAUCUUUCAAUGAGUAAUAUCGAACAAAUAAUAACAAAUCUUCCUUGUCUUAAAUAUUUACAAUUACGUACACAUGGAUAUGGUGAUUUACUCGAUGGAAAACGAUUGCAAUUGGUGACAAAACAUCUAAUUACAUUUAAUAUCAUGUUUUCUAUAAUAGACGAUUCAGAUUUACAAGAUCUUGAUUCAUUUCGCAGUUCAUAUUGGUUAGAUGAGAAGCAUUGGUACGUUGCCUACGCAUAUAAUUGUUUAUUUUCAGUGCCUUUCUAUGCUACAACAUUCACUAAUGAACAAUUUGAUGUGCCUAUUCUAUCUACAUUGCCUGACAAUACAAUUUUUAAUACAUGCAUUACUCAUUUGACACUUUCAGAACCUUCUAUUAAUACGAAUCAUUAUUUCAAUCAAGUUCAUACGUUAACUAUGUAUCAUUUUAUUCCUUUGUCAUCUAUUGUACAGAUUGUAGAUUUAAAUCGAAUACAACAUUUAUGUUUAUGUAUAACAACAGAAUAUCAUGGAAUUAUAUCUGUCAUAAAUGAAAUGCAAAAUCUUUAUCGAAUUACUCUUAGGAAUAAAGUGAAAGAAUUUCUUGAUAUAGUUCAAUUGAAUUCAUUGAAAAAGAUACGUUAUUUAGAAAUUGGUGUUAAUCUUCCGUAUGACGAUGAUGAUAAUUAUAAUAUUGAACAAUUAAAUUCUGUCUUUCCUAAUGUUCAAAAUCUAGAUAUAGCUUAUAUGUGUUCAAUAGUACAAAUAUUUAAUUUCAUCACUCAAUUCAAAAAAUUAUUAACUGCAUCAUUUUAUUGCAUACCCUGGUCUGCAAAAAAAGGAUACACAAAUGAAUAUGUUAGAAAACUUCAAUCAACUCUGGAUGAAAAUCGAUCAUCUCACAAAUUUGAUUAUACAUAUCGAUUCGAUCAAUCAACAGUUUACAUGUGGUUUUAG